AUGGCAAUCUUGACGAAUUUUUCGAGCACGAGAAUAUAUCAAGCAUACCCACCAGCGUUAUCCCAGAAUGGCGCCAUGAGAGCAACGAAGAAGGCCGAUCAUGUUGCAUGCCUAGAAGACCUUGUACCUUUUCAGGAGAGCACCAUUCAUCCCAGUGUACAAGCGACUAUUUUCGAUGGCUCUGUUAUAUUGAAUAUGCUGCGUCCUGGAGCUGCGAAGACAUUCUUGGACUAUGCACGGCAAGUAUUUUUGCCAUAUAUUGUUUCUCAGUUGGAGCACGUAGAAAGAAUUGACGUUAUUUGGGAUCAAUAA